ACAAAAAACUGCAAAAAGUCAACAAGGGUAACCUCUGCCUUUUUUGUGUGUUUUGCGGACAUUGAAACAAGACUUUCUUAAUUCUUAACAUUUUUUAUUGUUUCUUAAUUCUCAAUAAACAAUAAUUGUUUCCUAUUAAUAAGCUCUUUCUAGUUUCUAUCAGAAUAAAUUUUUCUGUGUUUGUUUUCAGUGAUUGAUUUGUCUCUUUCUCUUCUUUCCGCAACAAAACGGCAGAAUCCGUGACCACCCACUUCCUAUAUAGAUCUUCCCUCUCAUUUUUUCUGUAAAAAGUUCAGAUUUUUGGAUUGAUCACAAAAUUUGAUCAUCUGGGUAUUGAAAAUUAUCAUCUGAGUAAUAAUUCAGAGCUGUUUGAAAAUUUUGUAUUUUUUUUUUUGAAAAUUUCGGUUUUGAAUAUUAGCUGAAGAAGUAGAUGUUGAGAGAUAGUUGAACAAAAUGGAUAGUCUCUGUUGCUUCAACUCUUCCAGAAAGGGUGUUGGAGGACGUUCUUCAUGUAGCUCUGGCAAAGGCAAGAGCCUUCAGUGCCCUCUUAAGUAUGGCUUUUGCUUAGUUGAAGGGACACAAGACCACACAAUGGAGGACUUUCACGUUGCGAAAAUUGUCCAGUUUAACGGCCGAGAGUUGGGACUUUUUGCUAUAUUUGAUGGACACUUGGGUGACACUGUGCCUGCCUAUUUACAAAAACAUCUCUUUUCUAAUAUCUUGAAGGAAGAGAACUUUUGGACUGAUCCAAACAGUUCGAUCAUCGAAGCUUAUGAGGCAACGGAUCAGGCCAUUCUAUCUCAUAAUCCUGAUUUGGGGCGAGGGGGAUCGACUGCAGUGACAGCCAUUCUUAUAAAUAAUCAGAAGUUAUGGAUAGCAAAUGUUGGAGAUUCACGGGCUGUUCUUUCGAGGAAAGGCGUCGCUAUACAGAUGAGUAUUGAUCAUGAGCCUAAUACUGAAAGACGCAUCAUCGAGAAUAAAGGAGGCUUUGUCUCGAACCUUCCAGGAGAUGUUGCUAGAGUGAAUGGACAGCUUGCAGUUGCUCGUGCAUUUGGAGACAGAAACCUGAAGUCACACUUACGAUCUGAUCCAGACGUACAACCUGAAGAUAUCGAUCAAGAUACUGAGCUCUUGAUACUUGCUAGUGAUGGUCUAUGGAAGGUAAUGGCAAACCAAGAAGCAGUUGAUAUUGCCAUAAAGAUAAAAGAUACACAAAAGGCAGCUAAACAACUAAUUGCAGAAGCAUUGAAAAGAGAGAGUAGGGAUGACAUUUCCUGCAUUGUUGUUCGAUUCAAGUGAUAAUACAUUUGUUCGAAAAUCUCAUGAAAUCAAUUAUUAGUUUGGAAUUUUAUGCAGCAUAGGGUUUGCUCAUUUUCCUAUGUAAAAUUCAAUUUGAAUUUCUCUUAAAUCCAAUUAGGUGGUACCAUUUAGUAUUUCUUGAUUUCUUUUGUGUAGAUUGAUGCCGUCAUUUUUUUUUCUUCUUAGCAAUUUGCAUUAUGACAUGAGGCAGUGUGACAUAUAUUUUUACAUUGAACAUGUAUGCUGGAAUUUAUGGGUUUGUUGACAACAAAAAAUGCAUGGUAUACAUGACUUGCUAGCA